AUGUCAAAGUCCCCGCCCCAGUCACCGCACGAAUAUGAGCUCCUCCCACGAACCUCGCUCGAAGCGCAGGAUCGUCCGGAGCUGGAACGGUCCACCUCAAAUCCAUCGUGGCUUCAACGGUUGAGCCAAAGGCUUCCGAGCAAGCUUUCCAACCGCUCUGUUUACACGCAUUACGUUACACGGCAUCACAGGAAGCGAUCUGUCAUACGCUUCAUAUUCUGGGCAGUCUUCUACUUCCCCUUCUUCUGUCUGUUUCUGGUCCUCGUCGCCGCCAUCUUCUUCCCGUCGUACACGACUCUACCUACUCACUAUGAGGACCUGCGCCAGCGGGCACUGGCAAGCGAUGUCCCUGGACGAGCAAACCCACACAGCGAGAAGAUCUUCAUAUCGUCUUCACUGUACGAAACAGAGGGACAGUUGACGUCUGGGACAUGGGCUAGCGCAGUGCUUGAGUUGAUCGACUUGCUGGGCCCAGACAAUGUCCAUCUCAGCAUCUACGAAGACAACGCCGAUGCAGUCACCAAGAAGUCGCUGGUAGACCUCAAGAAGAGGGUCACUUGCAACUCGACCAUUGUCUUCGAGGAUCUCAAUCUCAGCACGCUACCCCGCAUUACUCUGCCCACCGGAGAGACACGUCUCAAGCGAAUCGCAUUCCUUGCCGAUGUUCGUAAUCGGGCUCUGGCUCCCAUCGAUGCGAAUGGUGUCAAGUUCGACAAGAUCUUGUAUCUCAACGAUGUCAUCUUCAAGCCCAUCGACGCCAUCCAGCUUCUCUUCGCCACGAACAUAGACUCUGCAGGCCGCACAAACUAUGGAGCGGCAUGUGCUGUGGACUUCAUCAACCCCUUCAAGUUCUAUGACCGCUUUGCAACACGAGACCUGGACGGACGGAUAACGGGCCUACCCUUCUACCCAUGGUUUACCAGCGCUGGCACCGCGACCAGCAGGAACGACGUGCUUUCACAGUCGGAUGCUGUCCGAGUGCGCAGCUGUUGGGGGGGCAUGACUGCUUACGAGGCCAAAUGGUUCCAAGACCCGACACUUGUCAACCGCGGCUCUGCAUCUACCUCCCCAAAUGAGCAGACUACAUCGCCGAACACCAACGUGUCUCAACUACGGUUUCGGUACGAGGAGGACACGUUCUGGGAAGCUUCUGAGUGCUGCCUGGUCAAUGCGGAUCUACAAUAUCGUCGGACAGGAAGAGGAAUGCCGUCAGACUCUGGAAUCUACAUGAACCCAUACAUUCGUGUGGCGUACGAUGAGAAGACGCUAUCUUGGCUGUCCCUCGUCCGACGACCAGAAAGACUGUACUCCAUCAUCCACGACAUCCUAAAUCCCAUGGUCGGCUUUCCUUCGAGGAAUGAGCGACUCGGCGAGGAACCUGGCUCCAUCGUAACAGACACUGUAUGGGAAUUCGACGACCCUGUCAGAGGUCUGUCGCCCAACGCCACGGAGGCCGACCGCGCGGGUCAUUAUACGGAACUCACACGGACAGCCAAGCCAGGCAGCUUCUCGUCGAUAAUAUGCGUCGACGUUAUCAUCCGGCAGUUCCCCGGGAAGAAGGACUUCAAAAUCGAAGAUAGCAACACGUUCCUGUCCUCAGGGUUGAGUCUGUCGUUUGGCGUCAUGAUCUUCUCGUCGCUAUACAGCAUGCUCCCUUCCGCGAAAAACUACCUCACGAAAGCCGGCAUGUCUCCCAGGAAUGCGACUUUUACUCUGGUCGGAUGUUUUCUCCUUGGCGCGCUUGGCAUCUUUUUCUUGUCGAGCUUUCUGCAUCAGUUUAUUCCGCAUUCGGUCGUGGACUGCGACCACGAACACGGCGAUGAAGAGGAGGGUAAAGUCGAGGAUGAAGAAGCCGGGCACGAGCAUGGACAAAUGGAGGAGCAGAGGGGACGGUUGUCGCAGGUGGAUGGGGGUGUGGAGGCGGAUGCUCAUCGAUCAUACGGCACAACCAGCGAACACGUCGACCCGAAGUUGUCCGCCACAAGACCACCGCUCCACACAUCGCUAUCGACAAAAGUUUCCCAGCUCGUGUUAGGCGGAAAGAAGAAAUCUUGCGACGAGGACGGCCAAUGCUUUGGAUUUGCGGACACGUGUGGGACGGAGUGCUUCCGGAAUGCUCUGACUACACGUCCGCAACGCUUGCAAUCAACAAAAUCGACUGGAAUGCUGCCAACUGCGAGACCGUCAGGGAUUCCCAGGAACCAAACCACCCAAGGGCUUCACGAGCGCUCGCCUCUCCUUCGUGAUGUCGACGGGCUCACCCUUUCCACACCCACGCUCUCGGGGCCCACGACUAUGGACAGCUCAAUCUCAAGCCUCCACUCUACACACGAUCAUCACAACCACAACCACGCUCAUAGCCACACUCACGAGCACGCCCCGCUCCAAAAACGCACCAGCAACACCUCCCUCUCUACCACAUCCUCGCAUGCCUCGCACACGCACACGCACGACCACAACGGUCCCCAACACCACCACCACGUCCCCACCAACAUCUUCCUCUCCAUUGGCCUGCAAACCAGCACUGCCAUCGCCCUCCACAAAAUCCCCGAAGGCUUCAUCACCUACGCAACCAACCACGCAAACCCCCGCCUUGGCCUCUCCAUCUUCCUCGCCCUCUUCAUCCACAACAUAACCGAAGGCUUCGCGCUAGCCCUCCCCUUGUACCUCGCCAUCAACUCCCGCUGGAAGGCAAUGUUCUGGAGCGCAUUGCUAGGCGGCGUGUCCCAGCCGCUGGGCGCGGGCGUUGCGGCGCUGUGGUUUGGCGUCGCCGGGCGUGGGAAUGGCGGAGGUAUGGGUGAGCACGAGGAUCUGGUCUAUGGGUGCAUGUUUGCGGCGACGGCGGGCAUCAUGGCCAUGGUUAGCUUGCAGUUGUUGGGCGAGAGUCUGGACCUGACACAUUCGAGGCGGUUGUGCUUUGCUAGUGCGUUCGCGGGCAUGGGGAUUCUGGGGCUGAGCAGUGCGUUGACGGCAUGA